UCUGAAGUAAGGUUUGAAAUCUGUCUAGCUCUGCUAACAAUUUGUAAUUGUCUAGAUAAUAAUUCCAACUGCCAGAAUUUAGUAGUUAUAUUCUUAGUUUUAGGACUGGUUGGACUCUAUAGUCACGUAUGUGGUGGGUUGACCCUGGCUGGAGGCCAGGUGCCCACCAGAGCCACUCUAUCACCCCCCCUCCUUAACUAGACAGGGGAGAAAGAAGUAUAAACAAAAAGCUUGUGGGUCGAGAUUAAGGACAGGGAGAGAUCACUCACUAAUUGUCGUCAUGAGCAAAACAGACUGAACUUAGAGAAAAAUUCAUCUAAUUUAUUACCAAGCAAAACAGAGUAGAGCAAUGAGAAAUAAAACCAAAUCUUAAAACACCUCCCCCCACCCCUCCCAUCUUCCUGGGUUCAACUUCACUCCCGGUUUCAACCUCCUCCCCCUUCAGCGGCACAGGGGGAUGGGGAGUGGGGGUUACGGUCAGUUCAUCACACGUUGUUUCUGCCGCUUCUUCCUCCUCAGGGGGAGGACUCCUCACAUUCUUCCCCUGCUGCAGCGUGGGGUCCCUCCCACAGGAGACAGUCCUCCACCAACUUCUCCAACGUUCACUAAGUACAGAAAAACAGUCUUGACAAUGUUGUCCAGACUUUUUCGAAUGCAUGGCCUUUUUGUAGCCUCUCAUCCAUGGGAAGUCAUUGUGGGAACAGUGACCCUCACCAUCUGUAUGAUGUCCAUGAAGAUGUUCACUGGGAAUGAUAAGAUCUGUGGCUGGAAUUAUGAAUGCCCCAAACUUGAAGAAGAUGUUCUGAGCAGUGACAUCAUCAUCCUGACAAUCACACGCUGUAUAGCAAUCCUUUAUAUAUAUUUCCAGUUUCAGAACCUAAGACAACUUGGGUCAAAAUACAUUUUAGGUAUUGCUGGCCUCUUCACAAUCUUCUCAAGUUUUGUUUUUAGUACAGUGGUAAUUCACUUCUUGGAUAAAGAACUGACAGGUUUAAAUGAAGCUUUACCGUUCUUCCUGCUUCUGAUUGAUCUGUCAAGAGCAAGUGCAUUGGCCAAAUUUGCACUCAGUUCCAACUCACAGGAUGAAGUAAGAGAAAAUAUUUCACGUGGAAUGGCAAUUUUAGGCCCUACAUUUACACUGGAUGCACUUGUGGAGUGUCUUGUUAUCGGUGUUGGUACUAUGUCAGGUGUACGACAACUUGAAAUUAUGUGCUGCUUUGGCUGUAUGUCUGUUCUUGCCAACUACUUUGUCUUCAUGACCUUCUUUCCAGCUUGUGUGUCCUUGGUACUGGAGCUUUCUCGAGAGAGUCGUGAAGGGCGCCCGAUAUGGCAACUUAGCCAUUUUGCUCGUGUUCUGGAAGAAGAAGAAAAUAAACCAAAUCCUGUAACACAAAGGGUCAAAAUGAUUAUGUCGCUGGGUUUGGUACUUGUUCAUGCCCACAGUCGUUGGAUAGCGGAACCAGCUGCUCAAAACAGUACUGUAGAAAAUUCAGUGGGAUUGGAUGAGAACGCACCGAAAAGAAUUGAACCUAAUGUUUCAUUAUGGCAGUUCUACCUUUCUCGAAUGGCCAGUAUGGAUAUUGAACAAGUAAUCACUCUUGGAUUAGCCCUUCUCCUUGCUGUCAAGUACAUUUUCUUUGAGCAAGCAGAGACUGAAUCCACGCUGUCCCUUAAGAAUCCCAUAACAUCUCCAGUGAUGGUCCAGAAAAAGGUGCCUGAGAAUUGUUGCAGGAAGCAGUCUGGACUUCUGAAAAACAAUCAGAAAUCUAACACAGUAGAAGAAGCUUUAGUUCCCAAAGGUGGAAAUGCUGAAGUCAUAAAACCUGUAUUAGCAGAGCCAUCAAUCAAGGCUACGUUUGUGGUUGGCAGUUGCAACCCUGUGGAAACGUCUUCAUUUCUUAAUGGAAGAGAGGAAGAAAUUGAGUUACCUGAAGAACCACGUUCUAUUGAGGAAUGUGUUCGUAUACUUGGAAAUGCAGAGAAAGGAGCAAAAUUUCUUACUGAUGCUGAGGUUAUCAGCUUAGUUAAUGCUAAGCAUAUUCCUGCAUACAAACUGGAAACCCUGAUGGAAACUCAGGAGCGAGGUGUGUCCAUUCGCAGGCAGAUGUUAUCUAAGAAACUCCCUGAACCUUCAUCUUUGCAAUAUCUUCCUUAUAGGAAUUAUAAUUAUUCUUUGGUUAUGGGAGCUUGCUGUGAAAAUGUGAUUGGAUAUAUGCCUAUUCCUGUAGGCGUAGCAGGACCACUGUUUUUGGAUAACAAAGAGUUUCAGGUGCCAAUGGCAACAACAGAAGGAUGUCUUGUAGCAAGCACAAACAGAGGAUGUAGAGCAAUAUGUCUUGGUGGAGGAGCAAGUAGCCGCAUUCUGGCAGAUGGGAUGACUCGAGGCCCUGUUGUAAGGCUGCCCACUGCUUGCCAGGCUGCAGAAGUUAAAGUGUGGCUUGAAAGCCCUGAAGGCUUUAAGAUAAUGAAGGAAGCUUUUGACAGCACAAGUAGGUUUGCCCGCCUACAAAAACUUCUCAUCAGUUUGGCUGGUCGUAACCUUUAUAUCCGUUUUCAGUCUGGAACAGGGGAUGCAAUGGGAAUGAACAUGAUUUCAAAAGGUACUGAAAAAGCUCUGGCAAGGUUGAAUGAAGAGUUUCCUCAUCUCCAGGUUAUAGCUAUUAGUGGUAACUAUUGUACAGACAAAAAACCUGCUGCAAUAAACUGGAUAGAAGGAAGAGGGAAGUCUGUUGUCUGUGAAGCAGUGAUUCCAGCCAAGGUUGUUAGAGAAGUAUUGAAGACAACUACAGAAGAUCUAGUUGAAGUCAAUAUAAACAAAAAUUUGGUGGGUUCUGCGAUGGCUGGUAGCAUAGGUGGCUACAACGCACAUGCGGCAAACAUUGUGACAGCUAUCUACAUUGCCUGUGGUCAGGAUGCAGCGCAGAAUGUAGGCAGCUCUAAUUGCAUCACUUUGAUGGAGCGAACUGGUUCCACCAACGAAGACCUGUACAUCAGCUGCACAAUGCCUUCUAUAGAAAUAGGAACUGUUGGCGGAGGCACCAACUUGCUCCCACAGCAGGCCUGUUUGCAGAUGUUGGGGGUUCAAGGUGCGAGCCGAGAUAACCCUGGUGAAAAUGCCCGUCAGCUUGCUAAAAUUGUUUGUGCUACAGUGAUGGCAGGGGAAUUAUCACUAAUGGCAGCUCUUGCAGCUGGGCAUCUAGUCAAAAGCCACAUGAUCCACAACAGGUCAAAAAUAAAUCUACAAGAUCUUCAAGGAACUUGCACUAAGAAGGUGGCUUGAAUACUAAAAUGGCUUUGAAAUGAAGAAUUGUUCUAGCAAUUGACCACGUGCACGGGGGGGAAAAAUAUCUGUGAAGUGUAAAAUGAAAAUCACCUUCAACUCAAUGAUAUCUAUGUAAGACAAACUGAGCGAUCAACAGACUUGUGUGAGACUACUUACGCCUUUGACCUUCUUCAGUGGUUAGAGAUGACUUCGUGAAAGAAGUCCUGUCAGAUGUCUUGAACAUGGCUUUGGAAUUCUUACUCUUAUACAUCAUUUUCUAAAGGGUCAGUCUUAUGGUUUUACAGGUUGAGAUUAUUUUGACUAGUUCUUGGUACCUACAAAGCUGGAAAGUGAUGUAAUGUACUUUGUAUAUUUAAAAAAGACACGUAUGUAGUUGGUCUAAAUUUGGCUUGAAUGCACUGGUCCUUGCCAUCUUUAUUUUCAGGUUAGACGAGCAUGCUUUUUAAAGUGGUAGCAAGCCUAAUCACUUUCCAUGAAUUCCCAAUUUUAAUUUUGUUCACAUGUAGAAUUUAGGUCUUAGGCUGUAAGACAAUUUUAUUGAAUCACAUUAGUUUUAUAGAAACCUAUGUCUAUAUAUAGUGCUUAAUUGCUGCUGCUUCAGCUAAGCAGCAUUCAAUGUUUUAAUUCCACAAUUUAGGUUAUUCCUUUAUAGAAAACUUGUGACCUAUAAAGUUUUGAACUGAUAAAUAUACUCUGUACUGAAGUAGGGAAAAACAGUGUCUUCAACUGUUUUGUUAAUCUUGUUCAGGUAGAAAAAAAAUGGAUUUUGAAAAUGGUAACUCCAAAAACAGUUAUGUGUCAGACAGGUUCGUAAUUUAAGCAAAUGCAGUCUCUCAAACUUUUUGUGAUAGGAGUGCAUUCAAACAACAGGCGUCAAGAACAGAUGUUUACACUUCUUUUAAAAGAUGUCUCUUAAGGUACAGUGUGUUUGUAUAUUCCUAAUUACUAUUUUAUUUUUUUAAGUUUGACACUUGUUCCCCAGGAAUAAGUGUGUAUCCAGUGCUUAAGCUGAGAUAAAAUGAAGCCAGAAAAAUCAUGCUGUUCUUUAACACUAGGGGAUUUUUAUGUUUUAAUUCCUUUUAAACUUUCUUUUUGAGGGGGGAGUAUUUAUUUUAAGAAGAAAAUGUAUCCUUUUUUUCAAUGAAAAGUACUAAUUAAGGGAAUUCCGUGAAAUUACAUGUUACUGCAACAAGCAGGUUUUGUACUAAAAUACUGUACUUGGACCAGUGAAGCAGUCUCAGGUGUUCUUAAUGUAAUACAAAAAAACCCAGAUAUAUUCUGGUUUGGUUCACCUUUGGGAGUGUUGCUAAAUGCAUUGCCCUGCCUAGUUAAUCACACGAGGAAAAUUGAUAAUAUGAUUGAUGAUGGGAUUGGUUAUUUUUUUGUUUGGUUUGGGGUUUUUUGGGUUUUUUGGGGGGAGGAAUUAGUGGAUUGAACUGGGUUUCUUACAGGAAUGCAGCAGCAUUCCUAAAAGGGUGACUAGCAGAGGUGCUCUUCUAAUGUGCAAAUUUGAUCUAAAUAACAAUGGGUGGUUUUGUAGUUCACGAACACAUUAAUAUCAUUGUAGUGAGCUCAUAAAGCUAAUGUGCAAGCAUGAAGACAUACUACAUGCUAGAUAUGUUAUGAUAGCAUGUAAAUAUCACAAAUGUUUAUCUUCCUGCAGUAUUGUUCCUAAUAGCUACCAUUUUAUUUAAGGAAAGUUGGAACUACUUUGUUUCUCUGUUCAUCUGGUGAUCUUAUUUAAAGCGACACUGUUCUGGCAAUAAAUGGUGGUUCAGUGUUCAUUUUGGUGGAUUUAACUGACAUUCUGUCUUGCAGAAUUAACAUUUUGUAUUAUUACUAAAUUGUGUACAUUUUGGUACAGAACUACUUUUUCAGUUUCAGUAAAACAAUGGAAAACCUA